AACGAAACAUGUGGCGUAUCGCUUCCAAGUUACUCUGGGCAUUCGACAUUUCCGAGCCCUUGGAUCCGGUGACUGGUAACGUUGUUCACCUCGACGAACACGCAUACACGUCGGCUAUUCUGAUGUGCCCGUUGCCAUUCAAGAUCAGGGUGGUGCCAAGGAGUCCAGAGCAUCUUGCUUCUUCGCACACUGAGACCACAUACGAUGUGGUGGUUGUGGGCUCCGGCUGUUCAGGAUUGACAGCAGCCGUCGUUGCCGCCAAGCACGGUUUGAGAGUUCUCGUUCUCGAAAAGACGCAAUACUUCGGUGGCACCACCGCCUACUCCGGGGGAGGGGCCUGGAUACCGACCAACAAGCACCAAUCGACAAUAGGUGUGGAAGAUUCCUCCAGCCAAGCUGACCGGUAUCUUCGCAGCGUACUGGGUGAGCUCUACGACCCAGUAAAGGUACCUGUUUUCCUUGAGUCGGCGCCCCAAAUGGUGAAGUGGCUGGAGGAAAAUUCAGCAGUCCGCUUUAAGCCUGUCCCUUUACCGGAUUACCAUGUUUCGAGGGAAGGUGCGUCAGUUGGACGCACAAUCUUGACUGAAAAGUUUGAUGGACGUCAGCUUGGCUCCCUGAUCAAGACAGUUCGUUACCCGUUGCAAGGGUUCUCUGCAUUUGGUUCGAUGCAAGCAGAUCCCGCGGAAUUGGGAGUCUUGACCAAUCCGUUCGGCAAUAUCACAAAUUUCAGCCUUGCGACGGGCAAGUUGCUCCGCUACGCCACAGAUUUCCUUCGAUAUGGAAAGGGAACGGAUAUGGCCAACGGAAACGCUCUUGUUGGUCGGCUGCUAUACUCUGUGCAGCAAGAAGGGGUGCAACUGUGGAAUAAUGCCGCUGCCACCAAGCCACUCAUUGAAGAGGGACGUGUGGUUGGCCUCAAUGUUGUCCAGGAGGGCAAGGAGACCAAGCUGUAUGCUCGUAAGGGCGUAGUGCUUGCGAGCGGUGGAUUCGGAAGAUCAGAAGAAGCGAAGCAAUUUGUUCCCCAUGAAUGGUGCGCGUGCCCUCAAGGAGCCACUGGAGACGGCAAACGAAUUGGCGUGGCAAGUGGUGGUGCUCUACCACCCAAGAACCCUCAGAAUGCGAUUUUCGCCCCUAUUUCUCUUUUGCAGGUUUCCAACGGUCCUGUGCGCCGUAUGCCACAUUUUGCCAUCGACCGGGCCAAACCAGGCUCCAUCAUUGUGGGACCUGAUGGCCGACGAAUUGGGAACGAGUCGCAGCCUUACCAGGAAUUCGUCACUGUUAUGCAUGAAAAGAACAUAAAGAAGGCAUACUACAUAGGUGACCGCACUCACCUCCGCAAAUAUGGUAUGGGAAUGGCAUUGCCUUGGCCAUAUCCUAAGUGGAGGCUGCUCCGACAAGGCUAUCUCAUCUCGGCGCCCACCAUCUCCGCCCUGGCAGAGAAGAUUGGUGUUCCAGCCGAGACUCUCGAGCAGACAGUGACAAAAUGUAACUCUUAUGCAUCGACGGGCAUCGAUACAGAAUAUCACCGAGGAGAAAAUGCCUACGACCAAUUCUACGGCGAUGCUGGUGUCAAACCGAAUCCAAAUCUGCAACCCUGCGCGACUGGUCCCUUCUACGCCCUGCCGAUCUAUCCUGGUAAUGUAAGCACACUAUACGGGCUCAUUACGAACAACGAUGCACAGGUGCUUGAUCAGAGCGGCAAGAUUAUUGAGGGACUUUAUGCUGUGGGAUGUGAUCAAAAUUCUGUUUUUAAGGGAGCCUAUCCUGGGGGUGGUUCGAGCAUUGGACCAGGAAUGACAUUUGGUUAUCGAGCAGGAAGAAAGCUUGCAGAUGUAGAGUCCUGA